GGUGUGUGUUACAUUUAGCGCGCUUAUUUUUUAUGUUUGUAAACUCGUCCUUAAAUAGAAAUUUAGAUAAUAAUGGGGAGAAAAACAGCUGCGAGCAGUGCAAAGAGUAAAGAAAAACGUUUGCAAAGGAAAGAGGAACAAAGCAGGAUAAGUCAAGCUAUGACUAUUGUUGCAAAUGCUAAUAAAUUGGAUGACCCUUUAGACCCUUUUCCGGUCUUCCGAAAAUUCAAUAAAAAUGGUAUAGAAGCUGAACUUUUUGUAAAAAAGUCUGCUGACUUAGAUCAAAAUGUUAAAGACUGGGCUUUUAACUUGACUAAAAAGAACAUGCAGCUGAAGUAUGAACAAUGUACAUGGGGUUGGAGUGAUAGUAAAAAAAUUGAAGAACUAACAGAUGAAGCAGCAUGGUAUCUUGUAGCCAAAGCUUCAGAUGGUACUUUGCUUGGAUUUUCUCAUUUUAGAUUUGAUAUGGACGAAGGAAUUGAAGUACUCUAUUGUUAUGAACUGCAGCUUGAUUCAUCUUUUCAAAGGAAAGGCCUAGGAAAGUUUAUGAUGCAAGUACUAGAAUUAAUAGCAUUUAAGAACUACAUGAAAAAGGUUGUGCUUACAAGUUUGAAGAAUAAUCAAUAUUCAAAGUUCUUUAAAGCACUUAAUUAUGAAUUAGACGAAUCAUCUCCAUUAGAUGAUGAAGAAGAUUCUUAUCCAUAUGAAAUCUUGAGCAAAGUAAAUAAACUACUAGCUCCUCAUAUGUCUCCAAUGAAGGUGAACUCGAAUCACUGUUGCUCAGGCCAUGAUCAUCAUCACUGAACCUAAAAAAUCUCAACUUCCAAUUUUUGUACAUUUUAAAUUAAUUUUUUUAGUAUUGACUCAUUUUAAAAAAUAAAUAGGCUUUUAAAUUAUA